AUGGAAAAAUCAGAAGCCUUCCAUGCAUUCAAGAGUUUCAAGGCUCUUGUUGCAAACGAAACUGAGAAGAAGAUUAAAACUCUUAGAACUAACAGAGGAGGAGAGUUUUGUUCUAAUGAGUUUGAAGCAUAUUGUGAAGCAAAUGACAUAAGAAGACAUUUGAUUGAUUCAUACACACCACAACAAAAUGGUGUGUGUGAAAGGAAGAAUAGAACCAUUCUCAACAUGGUUUGA